AUGACGAGGUUAAGCGAAGGGACUGCCUUUAGAAGCUACCUAGGCCGCAAAAAGCUGACUACCUUGACUGAGGUUCUGGGAAUGGCGAAUGACUUUAUCCGCAGAGAACAAUUUGACAAGGCAGCAGCCGCAAAGCGGCCGGACGGAGAUGAAAAGGAGAAAGACAAGGACAAGGCGGAGAUCUACGAACUCCACAAGAAAGAUGACAAGUGGCAAAGGCCCAAGAAGAUGUUUUACAAGGGCCCGGACAAGUCGGCAUGGUGUGACUUCCACAGGGAUUACGGUCACGUCACAAACGACUAUAAAGAUUUAAGAGACGACAUCAAAGACUCGGUACGUAAAGGCUACUUCAAGCAGUAUGAAGCAAGAACAGAUGAAAAGUCUCCAUCCAGAGAGGAUGAAGACAGCAGCAGAAAGUCGUUAAAGGAGCGGAUCACUGAGAUUCAUGUUAUCUCAGGAGGACCGGCACAUGGGGGAAGCAUACAUGGUGCUAAGGCUAGCCUGAAGGAGGUUAAACACCAAAUUUCAACAGUGCUUCAUCGCAUACUGGUGGAUGGUGGCAGCUCCACCAACAUCCUCUUCAUGGACACAUUUGAGAAAAUGGGUCUAGGGGUAUCAUAUCUGAAACCGAUUUCAUACCCUAUGAUUGGGUUUACUGGGACAUCAGUUGUCUCGGAGGGUAACAUUAAGCUCCGGCUCAAAAUCGGAGAGGGGUCCCAGUCCAAGGACAUGAUGGUAGAGUAUCUGGUAUUUGACGUCCCUGCCGCAUAUAACGCCAUCAUUGGGCGACCGUUAAUCCACGAUGCACAGGUUGUGGUGUCCAACUACCAUUUGACGAUGAUUUAUACGUCAAACGACGCAGGAAAACUGGAGAAAAUACAGGGGAAUCAAGAGUCAACCAGGGCAUGUUACCUGACAGCUCUAAAGAAUUCCAAUCAUAAGAGACCGGCAGAGACACCACUAGAGAUGGCAGCGGAUCCUGGACCCGGCCCGGAUCCGUUUUUGCGGGUCUGGAGCCUAAAAUUUUGGACCCGUUGGAUCCGGGUCCACUUGACAGAUCACGGAUUCGGGUUUGGAUCUGUAUAA